AUGAAGAAGACCCGGAGCACCAACCUGCGCCGGGCCUGGCCCAGCGCCGAGUUCGCCGAGCGGCCCCCCGAGAGGACGCGCUCUCGCAGUGAGAAGGACUACCGCCACCACAAGCACUUCCCUCCGCCGCCUCCCCCCCCUCACAUAUCCCCCUCGCCACGGGGCUACAUGACACCAGGUGAUGUAUCUCCCAUCAGUAUGUCACCGAUCAGCCAGUCCCAGUUCAUCCCGCUGGGGGAGAUUCUGUGUCUGGCCAUCUCAGCCAUGAACUCGGCCCGCAAGCCCGUCACUCAGGAUGCGCUCAUGGAACACCUCGCCACCUGCUUCCCAGGGGUACCGACGCCUAGUCCGGAGAUUCUGAGGCAUACUCUGAACAUGUUGGUGCGGGAGAGGAAGAUCUAUCCCACACCGGAGGGCUACUUCAUCGUCACGCCGCAGACCUACUUCAUCACGCCCUCCCUCAUCCGCACCAACAGCAAGUGGUACCACCUGGACGAGCGGAUAUCUGAGCGCCAGCAACAACAACAGCAACAACAACAACAACAACAACAACAACAACAACAACAGCAGCAACAACAACAACAACAACAGCAACAGCAGCAGCAACAGCAGCAGCAGCAGCAGCAGCAGCCGUCUUCAGUGCAGCAGUGCACAUCUCCGCAGUCUGGGACGAUCACGCCAUCGACGUCGGGCUGCGUGCGGGAACGGGAACGCGAUCGGGACCGCGACCGUGAUCGUGAACGCGAGCGCGAGCGCCCCCGCGAGCCGCACCACAAGAACCACUGCGAGCCGUCGUACAACACGUACAACCGGGACGAGCUGGCGGGCCACCACACCACGUCCACGCUGCCCAGGAAGUCGUCCAAGGAGCCCAAGGGAGAUCCGCCGUCCUACCCCCAGCCCCCGCCCCCCCCUCCCCAAACCCAGCACCUGCCCCCGCCCGAGCCCACCGACAAGACCAAGAGCACAGCGGCCUUCUCCUACAAGACGGACACGCUCACCAAGAAGAAGGAGGGGAGCGGAGGAGGCGGCGGCGGAGGAGGAGGUGGAGGAGGAGGAGGGGGCGGCAGCGAGAAGCAGUCCAAGACGAAGUUCGGGCUGAAGCUGUUCCGCCUGAGCUUCAAGAAGGACAAGACCAAGCAGCUGGCCACCUUCUCCGCCCAGUUCCCGCCCGAGGAGUGGCCGCUGCGCGACGAGGACACGCCGGCGUCGGCCGCCGCCGCCAUCCCGCGCGAGGUGGAGAUGGAGAUCAUCCGCCGCGUCAACCCGGACCUGACGGUGGAGAACGUGGCGCGCCACACGGCCGUCAUGAAGCGCCUGGAGGAGGAGCGGGUGCAGCGCGGCAAGGCGGGCUCCUCGGCGCAGCACAGCAGCGCCCGCAGCCGGCGCAGCCGCGGGCACCGGCGGGCGCCGCCGCACGGCAAGUCGUCGCGCUCGCACAGCAAGACGCGGGCGCCCCCCCGCGGCCCCGGCGACCCGUCCGACCAGAGCUCGCACCUGGACCUGGUGGCGGCGGUCAACGCCGAGCGCGGCGGCGACUACCGCUUCUUCAGCCACUCGCUGGUGCGCUCGCCGCGCGAGGGCAUGUACACGGUGGAGCGCGGCCGGGCCGGCGGCGGCGCCUACCUGGUGCACAGCAACCCCAACAUCGCCGAGUCGCACUUCCCCGUCACGCCCGAGUGGGACGUGUCGGGCGAGCUGGCCAAGCGCCGCACGGAGAUGCCCUUCCCCGAGCCGUCGCGCGGCACCUCGCACUCGCGCGUCCACCGCAGCCACAGCCACACGCAGGACCGGAAGUCGCGCAACGAGCGACCGGACAAGGCCAAGGAGCGCUCGCGGUCCAUGGACAACUCCAAGGGCCCGCUGGGCGGCGCGCCCUCUUCGCUGGGCGCCCCCGAGGACUACGAGCGCGGCCCCCCCGACGAGCGCAGCCGCUACUACACGGACGACGGCACGCUGCGGGCGUCCUCGCAGCAGCAGCAGCAGCAGCAGGGGCCGCACUACUCGCGCAUCCUGUUCUCGGCGGCCAAGUUCAGCUCGGAGGUGUGCGUGCCCGACGUGGGCAAGGCCCUGAUGGGCCUGGACGAGUCGCGGCUCUGCAGCCCGCUGGAGCGGAACAAGAGCCGCGACAGCCUGCCCGCCUACGGCGAGCUCAAGGCGCUGUCGCCCAAGCCGCUGACCGACGACUACUUCCAGUGCAACACGUCCAACGAGACCAUCCUGACGGCGCCGUCGCCCCUGAGCAAGGCCGACCACGACACGCUGACCUCGUCGGACGGCGUCCGCAAAGGCUCGCCGGCCGACCGGCAGACGCCGCACCUCACCUCGCCCCACUCGCUCGAGUACAAGGAGGACUCGUCCUCCAAGGGGCACGGCGGCUCGGGCAAGCCCACGCCCAGCCAGACCCCGGAACCCUUGCCCAACGGACGUUUGAUGGCGCACCAACACAACGCCGACCCCGGGGGAGGAGGGGGCAGCGGAAGCGGCUCGGGGAGCCUGAGCAGCAGCCUCGUGGACAAGCGGAAGGAGAUCUUCAGCAAGGACACUUUGUUCAAGCCGCCGCACAACCUGCUGAGCGUGGGCUACUCGGACGGCAGCAGCACCAUCGGCGGGUGCUACUCCAAGUCGGGCACGCUGCGGAAGGCGCCCCACUCCAAGUCGGCCGAGGUGCUGGACAGCCUGCUGGACUCCGGCCCCCAGUCGCUGCAGUCGCUGCCCCCCAUCUCGCUGCCCUCGCUGGCCGCCUCCGCGGCGCCCGUGCCGCCCGGCUCCGACCAGACGGCGGUGCCCUCCGCCUCGGAGGCCGGCUUCGACUACUACAACGUCUCCGACGACGAGGAGGAGGAGGACGACGCCGAGGACCCCUCGUCGUCGCGCAAGGACGCCGGCUCGGCCGACGGCAAGGGCCGGGGCGAGAGCGGGCCGGUGGUCGGCGGCGGCGGCACGGGCGGAGGCGGCGGAGGAGGAGGAGGAGGAGGAGGGGUGUGUGGCGGACCGGGCAGCGGCGGCGGCACCAUGCAGUGGCUGCUGGAGAGGGAGAAGGAGCGCGACCUGCAGCGGAAGUUCGAAACCAACCUGACCCUCCUCAGCCCCAAGGAGACGGAGAACAACAGUAGCCAGAAGUCGGCCCACUCGGCCCGGCUCGACAGCAUGGACAGCAGCAGCGUGACGGUGGACAGCGGCUUUAACUCGCCACGUACGCGUGAGAGCCUGGCCUCCAACACCUCCAGCAUAGUGGAGAGUAACCGGCGGCAGAACCCGGCCCUGAGUCCCGGCCACAUGGGCACCACCAGCAUCGGACCGCCUUUCGGGUUCCGCAGCAUCCCCGAGCCGCCCACCACCCAGCCCGAGAAACUGCAGAAGUCCCCCAACUGCUUGGCCUCCAUCACUAGUGUCUGACCACAGUGACC